AUGUUCCAUUUCCGAUCCGCAAUCCAAACGGCAAUCCGACCCUCUCGACGGCUCUUUCAUUCCACUCCUCUAAGCCUAGAAAAGUUGAAUGUUGAGGGACUUGCCAAGAAGGUUGACCUCAAAGGUGCCAAUGUGUUGGUCCGUGUCGAUUUGAACGUCCCUCUGGCCAAGGAUGACAUCACAGUCACCGACGAUACCCGUUUGCGUGCCGUCGUCCCUACAACCAAAUACUUGCUUGACCAAGGAGCCAAUGUUAUCUUGUGUAGUCACUUUGGCCGUCCCAAGGGAGAAAUCAUCGAGACUGGAAAGAACGGACGUCUAACUCCUGUUGUCAAGCCUUUGGAAGAGUUGCUAGGCACAAAGGUUACCAAGCUUUCUGACUGUAUGGGUGCUGAUGUUGAGACUGCCACAUCCAAACUUGCCGGGUCUGAAGUUAUGUUGCUCGAGAACACCCGUUUCUAUGCUGGAGAGACAAAGAAUGAUGAAGUGCUUAGCGAAGGACUUGGAAAGCUAGCUGACUACUUUGUCAUGGAUGCAUUCGGUACUGCCCACAGAGCACACUCCAGUACUGAAGGGGUGACCAAGCACAUGAAGUUGUCUGCUGCUGGAUACUUGUUGGAUAAGGAGCUUAAAUACUUGCAAGGUGCUGUUGAUAACCCAGUGAAGCCAAUGAUGGCGAUUGUUGGUGGUGCCAAGGUGUCGACUAAAAUUCCUGUUAUUGAGAGCCUGUUGGAAAAAUGCGACACGAUUUUGAUCGGAGGAGGGAUGAUCUUUACCUUCUACAAGGCAUUGGGAUACGAUAUUGGUGCCUCGAUGGUUGAAGACGAUUUGGUUCAAACUGCCGCCGACUUGAUGAAAAAGGCAAAAGAAAUGGGAGUGAAACUUAUUUUGCCUUCCGAUGUUGUCUUGGCUGAUAAAUUCGACAAUGGAGCCAACACUGCUGUUGCAAAGGUCACCGAGAUCUCUGGUGACUGGAUGGGCUUGGAUAUUGGUCCUGACACCAUUGAAGAGUUUAAGAAGGAGAUUGAUGAGUGCAAUACGAUUGUCUGGAACGGACCCAUGGGCGUUUUCGAGAUGUCCAAUUUUGCUGAAGGAACAAAUGCGGUCGCCCAAAUGCUGGCCGACGCAACAGAGAACCGCGGAGCUACAACUAUUGUUGGUGGCGGAGACUCGGUCGCUGCCGUCAACCAAGCUGGCCUGGGUGGCAAGGUUUCGCACAUCUCAACAGGGGGUGGUGCCAGUCUUGAACUUUUGGAGGGAAAGACUCUUCCAGGUGUUGCUGCAUUGAGUGAAGCAUAG